GGCUCCUCACCCCAUCCCAAAAUUUCUCUUUCAUUGCAAAUUUCCUUCUCAAUCUGUCUGCUUCAUACGUACAUUUCCAUAAACAAACUUUCAGUAUUUUCUUGAAAGUUCUGCUGGUUGUAUCAAGAAAAUAUGGGGCGGUCUCCAUGUUGCGAGAAGGAGGGACUGAAGAAAGGACCAUGGACUCCUGAAGAAGACCAGAAGCUCUUGGCUUACAUUGAAGAAUAUGGUCACGGAAGCUGGCGAGCCCUACCCACAAAAGCUGGGCUCCAACGAUGUGGGAAAAGCUGUAGGCUAAGGUGGAUUAACUACUUGAGACCUGACAUCAAGAGAGGAAACUUUACAUUACGGGAAGAACAGACCAUCAUUCAACUCCAUGCCCUUCUUGGAAACAGGUGGUCAGCUAUAGCGGCUCACUUACCCAAGAGGACCGAUAAUGAGAUCAAGAACUACUGGAAUACUCAUCUCAAAAAGAGAUUAACCAAAAUGGGUAUUGAUCCGGUCACCCACAAGCCCAAAACCGACGCUUUGGGAUCUGCCGGCGGCAACCCCAAGGAUGCCGCCAACCUCAGCCACAUUGCUCAGUGGGAGAGCGCCAGGUUGGAAGCGGAGGCCAGAUUGGUGAGAGAGUCGAAACUAGUCUCCAACCCGCCUCAAAUACAGCUCGGCUCCUCGACCUCCACUUCUUCAGCUUCACUGGCAAACAAAACAGCAACUGCUCCACUGCCAAGGCUGCAAUGCCUUGACGUACUCAAAGCGUGGCAAGGUGUAGUUACUGGGCUGUUUACGUUUGGCACCGAUAACCUCGACUCUCCGACCUCCACCUUGAACUUUUUAGAGAACAAUGCCAUACCAACCUCAACGGUUGGAUUCAACGACAACUUUGUUGGAAACAUGAAUAUUGAACCGGACACAAGCGGAAGUGAAUGGAAAUCCUUGGAGAAAUCAAGUCAACUUCAGGAACUGAAGGAAAAAAUGGAAAACUCAAUGGUGGCGCCAAUGCAAGAAGUAACUUAUCCGGAAGAUGGUUCGUGGUUCCAUGAAUCAUUCAGGGCAGAGAAUAUGAUUGAAGGUUACAACGACGAAAUGAUGGUUUGUGAUUCCGGCGGGCAGAAUGGGGAGAACUUGAACGGAGGCUACGGUGGCGAUUGUGAUCAGGAGAAAUACUGGAAUAGCAUAGUCAAUUUUGUAAACGCUUCGCCGGCCGGUUCAACGGUGUUCUGAAAAACAAGAUUAGCUAGAGGGUAGAGAGAGCCAGCCUUAAAGAAAUUCACUUAAUAAUGCAUAUUUGCAUUGCAAUAUUAUUAAUUGUAACGCCAAUAGCCUUUUAGUUUAUAUAGUGUAUGUGUUAAGUUAAUUAGUCAUUAAUUACAAAGCCAUAAUUAAUUAGUUUUCUUCCU